GUAUUAAUAUUAACCGAGGCCUCCUAUGCUUGGGAAAUGUAAUCAGUGCUCUUGGAGACGACAAAAAGGGUGGAUUUGUGCCCUACAGAGAUUCCAAGUUGACUCGACUGCUUCAAGAUUCUCUGGGAGGUAAUAGUCAUACUCUUAUGAUAGCCUGUGUGAGUCCUGCUGAUUCCAAUCUAGAAGAAACAUUAAAUACCCUUCGCUAUGCUGACAGAGCAAGAAAAAUCAAGAACAAACCUAUUGUUAAUAUUGAUCCCCAGACAGCUGAACUUAAUCAUCUAAAGCAACAGGUACAACAGCUACAGGUCUUGUUGCUACAAGCCCAUGGAGGUACCCUGCCUGGAUCUAUAAAUAUGGAACCAUCAGAGAAUCUGCAGUCCCUGAUGGAGAAGAAUCAGUUCCUGGUAGAGGAGAAUGAAAAAUUAAGUCGUGGUCUGAGCGAGGCAGCUGGUCAGACAGCCCAGAUGUUGGAGAGGAUCAUUUUGACAGAGCAAGCGAAUGAAAAAAUGAACGCCAAGCUAGAAGAGCUCAGGCAGCAUGCGGCAUGCAAACUGAAUCUUCAAAAGCUAGUGGAGACCUUGGAAGACGAGGAAUUGAAAGAAAAUGUAGAGAUAAUUUGUAACCUGCAGCAAUUGAUUACCCAGUUAUCGGAUGAAACUGUUGCUUGCAUGGCUGCAGCCAUUGACACUGCAGUGGAACAAGAAGCCCAAGUGGAAACCAGUCCAGAGAUAAGCAGGUCUUCUGACACUUUUACCACUCAGCAUGCUCUCCGUCAAGCGCAGAUGUCUAAGGAGCUGAUUGAGUUGAAUAAAGCCCUUGCACUGAAAGAGGCCCUGGCUAGGAAGAUGACUCAGAACGACAGCCAACUACAGCCCAUUCAAUUCCAAUACCAGGAUAACAUAAAAGGUCUAGAAUUAGAAGUCAUCAAUCUGCAAAAGGAAAAGGAAGAAUUGGUUCUUGAACUUCAGACAGCAAAGAAGGAUGUCAACCAAGCCAAGUUAAACUCGUUUUGUUCAGAAGACCGUAAGAGGCAAUAUGAGCUGCUGAAACUUGAAAGAAACUUCCAGAAACAAUCCAAUGUGCUCAGACGUAAAACAGAGGAGGCAGCAGCUGCCAAUAAGCGUCUCAAGGAUGCUCUCCAGAAACAACAGGAGGUCGCGGAUAAGCGGAAAGAGACUCAGAGCCGUGGAAUGGAAAGCACUGCAGCUCGAGUGAAGAAUUGGCUUGGAAAUGAAAUUGAGGUUAUGGUUAGUACUGAGGAAGCCAAACGCCAUCUGAAUGACCUCCUUGAAGACAGAAAGAUCCUGGCUCAAGAUGUGGCUCAACUCAAAGAAAAAAAGGAAUCUGGGGAGAAUCCACCCCAUAAACUCCGGAGGCGUACAUUCUCCCUUAAUGAAGUGCGUGGUCAAGUUUCAGAGUCAGAAGAUUCUAUUACAAAGCAGAUUGAAAGCCUAGAGACUGAAAUGGAAUUCAGGAGUGCUCAGAUUGCUGACCUACAGCAGAAGCUGCUAGAUGCAGAAAGUGAGGACAGACCAAAACAACGCUGGGAGAAUAUUGCCACCAUUGUGGAAGCCAAGUGUGCCCUGAAAUAUUUGAUUGGAGAGCUGGUCUCCUCCAAAAUACAGGUCAGCAAACUUGAAAGCAGCCUAAAACAGAGCAAGGCCAGCUGUGCUGACACGCAGAAGAUGCUGUUUGAGGAACGAAAUCAUUUUGUCGAGAUAGAGACAGAGUUACAAGCUGAGCUGGUCAGAAUGGAGCAACAGCACCAGGAGAAGGUGCUGUACCUUCUCAGCCAGCUGCAGCAAAGCCAAAUGGCAGAGAAACAGUUAGAGGAAUCAAUCAGUGAAAAGGAACAGCAGCUGCUGAGCACACUGAAGUGUCAGGAUGAAGAACUUGAGAAGAUGCGAGAAGUGUGUGAGCAAAAUCAGCAGCUUCUCCGAGAGAAUGAAAUCAUCAAGCAGAAACUGACCCUCCUUCAGGUAGCCAGCAGACAGAAACCUCUUCCUAAGGAUGCCCUUCUAUCUCCAGACUCUUCUUUUGAAUAUAUCCCACCUAAGCCAAAACCUUCUCGUGUUAAAGAAAAGUUCCUGGAGCAAAGCAUGGACAUCGAGGAUCUAAAAUAUUGUUCAGAGCAUUCUGUCAGUGAGCAUGAGGAUGGUGAUGAUGACGGUGAUGAGGGGGAUGAUGAGGAAUGGAAGCCAACAAAAUUAGUUAAGGUGUCCAGGAAGAACAUCCAAGGGUGUUCCUGCAAGGGCUGGUGUGGAAACAAGCAGUGUGGGUGCAGGAAACAAAAGUCAGACUGUGGUGUGGACUGUAGCUGUGACCCUGCAAAGUGUCGGAACCGCCAGCAAGGCAAGGAUAGCUUGAGCACAAUUGAACGGACCCAGGAUUCCGAAGGCUCCUUCAAACUGGAGGAUCCUACUGAGGUGACUCCAGGAUUGAGCUUCUUUAACCCUGUCUGUGCCACCCCCAAUAGCAAGAUCCUGAAAGAGAUGUGUGACGUGAAGCAAGUACUGUCAAAGAAGACUUCCCCACCUCCCUCCCCUUUUGACCUCCCAGAGUUGAAACAUGUAGCAACAGAAUACCAAGAAAAUAAGGCUCCAGGGAAGAAAAAGAAACGAGCUCUGGCCAGCAACACCAGCUUCUUCUCUGGCUGCUCCCCUAUUGAAGAAGAGGCCCGCUGAAGUUGGAGUCAUCUUCUCUACCCCCAAUCUGGCCUGGGAGAUGCUUUCAGGUUGCAGCCAGAAGGGGUUUUUUAAAUGACUUCUCUGGAUUUCAGGUUUCUUGCUGUUGUAAAAAGGAACAAAGCAUUACUGAAAAGAAGGUAACCUUUGUUGGAUGUUGGCCCUCAGCCUCCAGCCCCAGACUACUGUUCUCUGUUCUCCAGAAGGGUACUAAGCCACCUACUAAAGAGAGAACCAACUGACUUUCCUAAUGACUCAUCAGGAAGCAGCCCUCAGUAUGGUCAAGUUCUUUCUUAUUUGUGAGCAGUUCAGGCUAUCUCCUGAUGGCUUUCCUAUCUUUUGGUUGUCUCUGUUUAAUGGAGGAGCCUGGCCUAGGAUGGAGGCCUGGCUUAGAUCUUUCACUCCACCUCAGGAAUGGGGUUGUGAUCUUUUCUGUCCUGACCCUCUCUGAAUUGUGUUUCAAUAGUACUCUUGACUGUCUGCCAUGUUGUUGAAGUAAAUGAACUAUUUUUAAAUGUUAAGUAAGUAAAUAAACCUUAGCUCAUCUACUGUUUGGGAAGAUCCUUCUGUGCUCGAGGGAGAAAUAAAAUUUCAACCUGUGUUCCUCA